AUGGUUUCAAUUGUUUUUCAUUGCUUGACUUUCUUUUUUCUUAGUUCGUUAGUAGUAGAAGUAAACUCUCAAAUAUGCCAGGAAGUAUCUCAAUAUGGUCGCUGCUCGUCAAAUAGUGCAUGUGGCUGUCUUCAUAUGGAAGGUGCUUCGAAUAUUGGUAUUUGUGGCUUUCAGUGGGUUACAUGCUCUGAUUUAGUUCCAUGCGAAGAAACAAAUAAUUAUUGUGGACAAUCUGACCAUAUCUGUGUUCAUCAUCCUCGAUGUCAUGAACGUCCUCUUUGUUUUCCAGUAUCAAUGAUGGAUGCAAAACUUUGUCCACCAAUGAACGUAGCAAACACUACUUCUUCAACUGCAAUGCCAACUACUACUCGGAAACCUGCAUUCGUUCCAUUACGAGCAAGUACUAUCGAAAUUCUUCCAAACGCACAGUGGAAGCAAAAUGGUAUCACUUUAACCGAACAAUAUCUGCUAGUCAAUGGAACCAAUAACACCAAUGGAAUAUUCGCCCCAAUGGGUGUGUUUGUUGAUGAUGAACAAACGGUGUAUGUUACUGAUCCAAAUAAUGGUCAAGUUAUGAAAUUCGUAUUAGGUGCAACAAGUGGUCAAAUAGUGGCUGGUGGAAAUGGGAAAGGUAUUGGGGCUCAUCAAUUGAAUGGCCCAUCGGAUGUAAUUGUCGACAAAGAAACAAAUAGUCUCAUUAUAUGUGAUAAUUCGAAUAAAAGAGUGGUUCGAUGGCCUCGUGUAAAUGGAAUACGUGGAGAAACAAUUAUAUCAAACGUCAGUUGCCAUGGUUUGACAAUGGACGAGAGUGGAUCUCUCUAUGUCGUUGGUUAUGACACAGCUGAAGUAAGACUGUAUCGGAAAGGUGAAUCUCAAGGCAGUAUAGUGGCAGGUGGAAACGGACGUGGAAAUCGUCUCGAUCAACUUGAUUGGCCACAAUAUAUAUUCGUCGAUCGAGAUCGUUCAAUUUACGUAUCUGAAUGGUACAAUCAUCGUGUAACAAAAUGGGUAGAAGGUGCGAAACAAGGCAUUGUCGUGGCUGGCGGUAACGGGCAAGGAAACAGCCUUAAACAAUUUGCAGGUCCUGAAGGUGUUCUUGUUGAUCAAUCAGGCGGUGUCUACGUGGCUGAUGGAUUCAAUGGUCGAGUCGUACGUUGGGCCAAAGGCGCCACACAGGGUACUAUUAUUGCCGGUGGAAAUGGUCAAGGAACAUCAUCGAACCAAGUCAGUCAUCCCUAUGGUAUAGCGUUCGAUCGAUACGGCAAUCUUUAUGUUGUCGAUCAAUGGAAUCAUCGAGUACAAAAAUUCAGUAUUGCUUGA